AUGAAGGAGACUCCAACAAUUGAUGUUUGUGAACAAAUUGGAGAGAGGGCCUUCUCCAAGUCUUCCAGCUAUGUUGACGAGUCGACUGAAAGUGAAACUUCCACCCAUGGGAGCCAAAGUCCAGAAUUGAAGGCCGGCGGAGACGACAAAGCACAAUAUGCGACGGGCCUUAAGUUGGCGAUGAUCGUCCUCAGCCUUCAACUGACGAAUUUCUGUAUUGCGGUCGACAACACCAUCAUCACCACUGCCAUACCUAGGAUCACAGAUCAAUUCGGCUCCUUGAGUGAUGUGGGAUGGUAUGGUUCUGCAUACCUCUUAUUCGUCUCAGGAUUUCAGCUAUUCUUUGGAAGACUGUACAGCUUCUUGAACAUGAAAUGGCUCUUCAUCGCCUGCGUUUUUCUGUUUGAGGCUGGGUCUUUGAUUUCAGCAGUCGCUCCAGACUCGGCUACCUUCAUCGCUGGGCGCGCUGUUUCCGGAUUGGGCGCCUCUGGAAUAUUCACCGGCGCACUCACGACGAUAUCGACAGUUUUACCACUCGAAAGACGUGGCAUGUUCAUCGGACUGAUUACUGCCGUCUACGGCGUGGCGAGCAUAGUGGGACCAUUGCUGGGAGGCGCGUUGACUGACCACGCCACUUGGAGAUGGUGCUUCUACAUCAAUUUGCCACUUGGCGUUAUUACGGUCAUCACCCUGAUCUUUUGCCUCCAGUUCCCGCCCUCAUCACCAAAACCGAAGAAGACAUGGAAGGAGAACGUCCUCCGGUUCGAUCCCAUCGGCACGGUGUUAUUCGCUCCGUCAAUCAUAUGUCUUCUGCUGGCACUUCAAUGGGGCGGGACGACUUACCCAUGGAGUGAUGGCAGGAUCAUCGCCCUGUUGGUGGUUUUUGCUACUCUCCUUCUCGGCUUCGGAGCAGUACAGCCGUUCAUGGGCGACAACGCCACCUUGAACAAAAAGGCUGUGACUUCGCGGCACACCAUGUGCGCUGCUCUUUACUCCCUUUGCGUCAGCGCCUCUUUCUUCGUCAUGGCAUAUUUCAUCCCUAUCUGGUUUCAAGCGAUUCGUGGGGCUUCAGCUGUACGCUCCGGAAUUGACAUUUUACCAUUCAUGGUCAGCCUCAUCUUGAGCAUCAUGAGUGGCGGCUUCCUUGUUAGCAAAACCGACUGGUACAACCCGUUCAUGUUCACUCCUAUCACGUUGGGAGCAGCUGGCGCGGGACUGAUCUACACGUGGGACGUUGAUACUUCAAUGAGCAGAUUGAUUGGAUACCAGAUCCUGUUUGGCGUGGGUGUUGGACUUGGUAUCCAACAAGCCAUAGUGGCAGUUCAAGCAUGCUCGAAGGACGUCGACAUACCCAGCGGCAUAGCACUUCUCUGUUUCGCCGAGAAUUUUGGUGGUGCGCUGUUUGUCAGCGUGGCUCAGAAUCUUUGGGCCAACGAGCUUGCAAUGAAAUUGCGGGACGUUGUUCAAAUCGAUCCGGCUCGCAUUGCCAAAACCGGUGCAACAUUGAUCAAUACGUUAUCAGACGAUCCUGAUACACUGAGGUCAAUCAGAGUCGCCUACAAUGAUGCUCUGUCACAGGCGUUCUUAUGUGCACUGAUCUUGCUGUGUAUUGCAGCCAUCGGCACCUUUGGGGUCGACUGGAAGAAUAUUAAGGCAAAGCCAAAGAACAAGGAAGACUUCGAACAGGCUCAGGAUGCUGAAGUGACUACUGAUGCUGAGAAGGCAAAAAUGGAGCAAACAAAGGUGGACAGUGUACAGGUUGAAGAGGCAGAAGUAUCUUGA